GUAAGCUAAAGUCUUCAGAUAGAACUAUUCUGCAAAGACUCACAGAAGCAUGCUGCGUGUUUUGAUCUUUCUCUCUGUUGCAUAUGUUGCUAGAUGCAGCAUUUGUUGCGUGCCCCGUCAGUGGGAGGGCACGGAGGGAUCAGCCAUCGGAGUCGUGCGGGAGGGAGCACCAAAUUCUAAUUUCAUCCAGAGCUCGGUAAAUAUAGCUUAUGACGCUAUUAACCAGAGGGUAGCUGCAACGCAAUAUGUGGAUGUCGAUGGAUACCCACUUAAUGUAAAAAUCAUCAUGGAUUAUAAAAAUGGUGUACAAUACUCAAUUAAUGGUACAACGUGUGUACGAACAACUCUACCACCAUUCCAAGAAAACUGCAUCCCAGAUAACGCUCAGGAGACCCAGACCACUAUUGGUGCCGGUGGUAAGACUCUGUCCCUGAAGAGUUACGUCAUGGUGGUAGGAAACCUGACUGUCACUUCCUCUGUGACGGAAGCCGGGUGUAUUCCUGUCUCAGAGAGCAUUGUGGGACACUCCCCAGGACAGUAUAUCCAUAUGACUACUGGUUACAGCGGCAUUGUCCCUGGAAUUUCAGAUCCUUCAAUUUUCACGCCACCAUUUAUCUGUAUGGCUGGUCCCAUUUAUCCUGCAGAGGUUUCUAUGAGGAAAAGAGUUUCAUUCCUACGUCCUUUUUAAAAUAUUUGUUUAGCUUCUGUACAAUUUAUCAUUCAUUAAAUUUUAUAUUCUAAUAAAA